AUCACAACGAAUGUAAAUAACCUUCGGCUCGGCGUUUGAGAAGCCCGGCGAAAGGAACUUGAAAGAAGAGCAUCGUCACCGUCAUCACGUCGUCGGCAGAGAGAGAAAUAACUAACGAAAACAAGCAAAAGUUUAUCAUCCAAUCGUUUUCUCUGCCACAUACUCAGUGACGUUUUAUGACGUCGCAGGAAGAGAAAUUCCACAUCUGACAACAGGUCAAUCAUGGCGGAACAACAAGCUCCAAGCAAGAACGAUAUUCAAGCUAUUUUGAAACGCUUGCGGUCUCAAGGACCUAACAAGGUUUGCUUUGACUGCAGUUCAAAAAACCCAACAUGGGCCACAGUGACCUAUGGAGUCUUCAUCUGCAUAGAUUGCUCUGCAGUUCAUCGAAGUCUAGGCGUUCAUCUGACAUUUGUCAGAUCAACCCAGUUGGACACCAAUUGGACAUGGUUACAACUACGACAAAUGCAGCUUGGUGGAAAUGCAAAUGCUCAUACAUUUUUCCAACAACACAAUUGCACCACCAACGAUGCCAACCAUAAAUAUAAUUCUCGAGCUGCUCAGCUAUAUCGAGAGAAACUACACAGUGCUGCAAUCCAAGCUAUGAAAGUACAUGGCACCAAGCUCAUCAUAGAUCCAACCCAUGAUGCACCAAUUGAUGAACCUGCCAAAGAAGUGGACUUCUUUGAAGAACAUGAGAAACUUCAGCUGACAGAUGACAAUUCUUUGGUGGCUGCUGCUGCAGCUUCUGUUACUUCCACAGCAUUCCACUCUUCUGUUCCGGAUGGUGCAGCAGCCAACUCUGCUGGGCAACCCAGUGUUUUAGGGAUCCUGUCUCCUGCUUCAGUACCUGAUACUGAAGUUGAACGGAAGCACAUCAUUGGUAGUCGAAAGCCUGUAGCUAAAAAAAGUGGGCUUGGUGCUAAGAAAGGACUAGGAGCUCAGAGAGUCAAGACAAAUUUCUCUGAAAUAGAACAGAAGGCUGCUAUGGCAGAUCAAAUGAAAGAAACUGCCGCGCAUGAAGCUAAAAUUCAAGCUGAGAGGACUGCGGAAGAAGAGGAAAAGCAAUUAGCAUCCAUGAGGUUAGCGUAUCAAGAUCUCAGUAUAGCUCAGAAAAAAGAAGAGGAGAUAAUGCGCACCACUGACCCUAAAAAGGCAACCCAGAUGGAAAGAUUAGGAAUGGGAUUUACCAAUAGAAGUGCCGUCAGUCAUUCCGCAAUGAAUGACAUGCAGACUAUUGAGCAAGAUGCUCCAGUCAAAAAGUCUUCGGCUUCCUAUGGAAGCUUUCGCAAAUCUAUGUUUGAUCGAGAUAUUGAAGAAGCCAUGCAGCAAGAUCGUGGCUAUGUUGUUGCGUUAAUGAGAGGGGCAAUGACAUCAUUAAAUGAUGACAAUGAUAACGUUAAUUGGGAUUCUGAAUCAGAAUCAGAUAGAGAAAAGGAGCUGGAACUCGAACGAGAGCAUAAGCUUGAGGUUAAGCGUGAGCGCAAGCGCGAACGUGAUCGUGAGAUGGAGCAAGACAGACCGAGGGAGAGAGAAUCUGAAAGAGACCUGUUCAAGAACAGUUCUAGUAGUUCGAGAUGGGAAAAGUCCAGCACUGGAGGGGCCAACUCUCGAUCUUAUGAUUCCACUCCCACUGGAAAUGAGGCUCAAAAGAAGUUUGGAGCUGCCAAGGCCAUUUCCUCUGAUCAAUAUUUUGCUGACUCUGAUGCUAAUUCUUGGGAACGCAAGGCAAACCUCUCUCGCUUUGAAGGUUCAACUGGAAUAUCCUCUGCUGAUUACUUUGGAAAUGGAUCAUCGAGUGUGGGGUCACCUAGUGGAUAUGGCGGGCAGAUGUCUUCUCCUGACCUUGAAGACGUUAAAGAGAGUGUGCGACAAGGAGUGACCAAAGUGGCUGGGAAGUUGAGCUCUUUAGCCAAUGGAGUUAUGUCUUCCUUACAGGAACGCUAUGGUGGUUACUAAUUGUUGCACUUCUAGCUGACUGGAAGCACACACUUUGCCUCUGAUUGAAAAGUCCCACCGCAGCUUUAAGAAGCCAUUAGGUGCCGUGUUUUAUAGUGAUAGAGAAACUGAAGAGCUGGAACUCAGUUUUUAUAUAUUAAAAUUUUAAAAAAUACUAUUGGGACCUUUGUUACAAAUUUACCCUUUGGAGGUUCAUCUAUUGUCAUUAGUGUCAAGUGAGAAUUUUUCUCAUGUGAUCAUGUGAUUGGGAAAGUCAUGCCAUAUAUCCGUCCUGGAUUAUAAUGAAAUAGUCUUUCCUUCUCUCUUGCUUUUACUGUAUAGGUUCUUCUGAAACGUGGUAAUUCAGACCAUUGAGCAUUGACUUCUCUUCUAAUUUUUCUCUAGAUUGAAUCAAUGAUGCACUUACGAUAUUUCUAUCCGUUACUACUUUCAUCUUUUUUGAGAGAACCUUUGUGUUGAUUUUAAGAGUUUUGAGAAUUUUGCUAUCAACAGCCAGUGGGACUCCUUUGAUAGCCUUUGUAUUGUGGUUAGUGGAUGUAGUUAAGCUAUUGUGAACCUUUAUCAAUUUGAAACUGUACUAUUAAAAAACAUGUAUAUGUAUAAAUUUUUGUUUGCAAUAUGGAUUUUAUUUUAUAUCUUUUGAACUAUUCAGGUUAGCUUAGAUGAGAACUGCUGAAAAGAGGGAUAUUUUUUCAUUCUUUUCAAAUUCAUCUUUUCAAUUCAGGCGUUAAUUUUAAGUUAUUAUACACGACCAGUUUAUCUGAAAAAGUCGUUAUGUUAUGAUAAAUUAACUUCUUUGUCUGGUUUAUUGAGGUGAAAUCUGAGCAUUGAGAUGUCAUUCAAACCUAUUCAAACAUUAUUGCUGAGUCUUUGUUUGCAAAUCAUGUUAUCAUAUUUCUUGUCAUGUUAAAUGGGUUAACUGACUGUCAAUGUCUUGCAAUUGUUGUUUUUCUAUAAAAUAUUCUUUAAGUGUCACUCAUUAGGUUUGCUCUGGUUCAUAUGGUGUGUGCCUUUUUUCUGGCUGAAAAACCUGAGUGAAACAAUUAGGUCACAACGGGCUUCCAUUAAUAGCACCCUAUUAAACUUUCUAGUAAUCUAUAGUAAUUUUGUUCCUAAUAUUUUGUGUUUCAACAGGGCUUGGGUUUGAUAUUUGAUGUGACAUUUUAAUUAUGCAUCAUUUGGGAAGAAAAUAUUAAAUUAUUGAACCAGUUUGCCAUAAGAAUGGCUUGUUGCAUUAGUUCUGAUUGUUAAGCAUCUUUAUAUGCAUCAAAAAAUAUUUUUAAAAAAACCUAUACUGUAAGCCUUCAAAUAGUUAUUGUACUUUAACACCAAUAUGCUCAUUUUGUUGUUACAUAGUUCCAUAUUAAUGUUGUUCCAGUGACAUUUUUUGUCUUUUUGAAAUGGAGUACAAUUUAAAAUACAGCUAUACAGUCACCCUGUAAAUUUAAACAUCACAUACCAAAUGAAUUUCCUGUUUGCACAGAACUAUUAAAUGAACAUGUACUCAGGGUUGUUAUCUAAACCAAAGUUCUACUCUUUUCUUUUGCUGCCCUCAUCACAAGUUUUGUUCACUAAUGGUCCCAUUUCCCAUGUGAUAAACAGUGCAAUGUCAUCGUGUCUAGGGUUAAUGCUAGUAUUGACCGUCUGUAUGAAAGACAAUAGGCAAGGAAAUGUAUAAUGUGUUCUUCUGUAAGUGACCAAACAUUCAAGAAAUGUUUUUGGGGGUUCAAAUAAAUUAAUUAAUGCUGAGAUUA